UCAUUAUAUCAACCACAAAUCUCCACUCUCAUUUUUUUCAACAUAUUUUUUCCUCUCAAGCAAGAUAUAAUAUGGAGUUGUUCAUUAAUUGGGAAAAUGAUGCUAAUAACCUCGUCGACGACAUCGAGUGGAUACAAAUUCAUGGCACGGGCUGGGCGUAUUCUCUUAGGCGGCACAUGAAUGCGGCAUGUAGAAUUGCGAACUUAAUUGGUGCAGAAUCCCUCUCUGUGGACUACUUGGUCAACUACAUGAGAAUGACUUCAGGGCUUACAAUCACCUUGGGUCUUCCUUCCCUUCAUUCGGUUAGGCCCUUCCUGAUCUGGGAGGGUAUGGUCCUGGAUGAUGAUUAUCAAAUGUUGUUUGCUCAAUUUAUGAGGAUCCCGGAACUCCCACUUCCGAGGGGAAUUCGUCGUUUCGUAGUUACGGACAUGAUAAUUCAUUCUCUAGAUCACUAUCAUUCCCCUAUUACAGAGGGGAAUCCGUCGUUUCGUAGUUACGGACAUAAUAAUCAAGACUUUGAACAAGCAUUCAUCAAUGCAAUGAAUCGUUCCCCUAUUACAGCGGCAAUCCCAACCUACCCAUCGAUACUUUCGUUCUUAGCAAACGCCCCUGAAAAUAAUAUUUACGCUCCGACGCUCCUAGAACUUCUUUUUGAUGAUUACCCAAAUCUGCAUGUUAUGUUCGCUACUGGAAGAGGCGUUUAUCAAGGAGUUCCUUUUGUCAGGUUUCGAGACAGUUCUGGGUUAAUCAACGGUGGCUUCAUGAAUGUUGAAUUGGGUCAAGGAAUCAUCGUUCAGUUUGUCGAGCUGAUUGGAGCAUAUGUCUUUAUUUGAUCGGUGCCGAAAUGAUCUAGAGCCUGCUAUGGCGAUGCCCCUAUCUCUACCCCCUAUUUAUAUAACAGAUUUCUAUUACUUUACUUUUGCUGUUUCAUAACUUAUCAACAUCUUUCGGUACGCGUUUAAUUGUUUCGGUAAUUGGAUAUUUGUAGUGAUGACCUUUUGUGCUGAAAACUAUUUACAUGAACAACAUAUAUAAUAAGAGAAACCAA